UAUAGAUAUAUAUAUAUAUAUUACAGUCAAUUUGAUUAAAUUAGAUAUUACACAUAAUAACUGUGUAAUAUUAAAGUAUUCUUCUUGUGAACACUAUUUAACGAGUCUACGAAAAUAGACAAUUUUAUUGCGGAUGUAAUUGUGGGCUAGGUAAUUUUUAUAGAUUUUUGCGUAUUGAACACGAAUCCAUUGUCGGAAUUUGGCUAUCGCGUUACAAUUUUGAGAAAAUGAUAUUAAAGUAGUAAAAAAACUACGAUUUUUUUUAAGGUUUUUAUGGUAUUACAGGACCUACAGUAAAAUGUUUUUCUAAAUUCCAUUUACGCCACGUGACAGUAUAAAUUUUUAACUUUAAAAUCUUUUGUUUCAUUUUGCUAAAAUCUUUCGCUUCUUAGGUAUAGUUGGAAAAAGAUGUGUUAGUUGUGCGCGUGUAUCACUAAUAUAAUUGUUCGGUACGAUGUCUCUUCAAUGAGUGCAAAUUCAAUGCAAAUAGUUAUUUCAGAUAUAUUUGUGAAUACUAAAUAUGAAAACAUUAAUAGAAUUUAGCUAUCACAUCACAAAAAAAUGGUAUCAAGCAAACAGAAUAAUUACAAUGUUCUAACGUGUUGCUUUGUUACAUAAUAUAUAUCUUGACUGUAAAUGUUCUUUAUUAUAAACGUACAUUAAUUGUUUAUUAAAAAUAAAGAAUAUAAAAUAGAGAGAUAUUUGACCGUUACUGUAACAAUACAAAUUAAGCAAGAAUGCCUUCGUAGCUAGAUUUAAAGAAUAUAAAAAUACAAACCAAUAUAAUCUCGACUAAAUUCAGAAGGAAUUCCGUAAUAAUUUAAAUAAUUAAACAAAGCAUAAAAUUAUGUAAAAAAUUUAAUGAAGCAUAAACAUUUUUUAAAAAUAUACAUAUAUUUUAUAAACAUUUUGAAAUUUUGUUACGUGUAUAUAUAUCGACGUUAUUAGUAUUUAUUAGACUCUUUAAAUAAAUAAUUUUUAUAUAAAAUUUGUUUUUUUUAAUAAAAAUUUUAUACUUUCUUUAAUCAAAUAUAGUAGAGUGUUGCCUUUGACUUCUGAUUCGUAAUGCACUAUAUAAUUUGAUGCAAGACAAGAAAGAUAUUCUAUGACGUCUCUAAAGAAACUGAGACCUUUCCCAUUGCUAAGAAAUAAAAGUUGUGACUGCGUUUGCGCAAGAACAUUAUUCAAAUUAUGUUUAAAGACUAUCAGCCUGAAUUGCAAAUUGAGGCAAUUCAGACUAAUUUUCGUUUCUAUAUAUCAUGAAAUAUAUUGCAAUGUUAAAAUAGCACAACCAUUUUUUUAUGUCUGCUCUUAUAUUGAUCGUUUAAAAUACGCAAAAUAUUAAGAGAAAUACCGACAAUGUUUAUUGCUCAGUUGUAUCGUAGUUCUUGUGUGAAAUGUAUGUAAUCGUGGAACGUUAUUACAAAGUUAAUCGAGUAGUUCUUAAGGCGCUUGGACUAUGGCCCUCUCAGCAAUCUUAUUUCACGCAAAUACUUCAAAUUCUAUAUGCUAGUAUUCUUUUGACUUUUAUUCUUGUUCAGUUGCUGGUAUUUAUUACAAGGCAAUAUAAUACGGAUCUUCUUUUUAAGAUUCUCUCUUGCGUCUGUCCUUGUCUUUUUGCUACUAUAAAAUAUUUUCUUUUUAUUAUUGAGACAAAAAAUUUCAAGAAGCUACUGGAGCAAAUUCAAGAUGAUUGGAAUUCGUUGAAGGAUAAAUUUGAAAUUAAUAUUAUAGAAGGAUAUGCUUGCAAGAUGAAAUUUUACACAACAAGUUCGGUCGCGUCGUGUUAUAUUGGCAUAUUAUUACUCGGAAUAUUACAACAUCUGCCAUUGAUCCUUGACAUUAUGUUACCAUUGAACGAAUCGCGGCCCUAUCAGCUUAUUGUGAUCACUGAAUACUUUGUCAAUCAAGAUAAAUAUAUUCACGUUAUGAUGUUACAUGAGUUUUUAGUCAUCUUUGUAGGAUCAUUUAUAAUAAUUGGCACUGGUUCGAUACUUGUAAUAUAUAUAAUACAUAUAUGUGCACUGCUUAAAAUUGCCAGCUAUCGGAUAGAAAAUGCUAUCGAGAAGAAUAUAUUAGAAAUUCCUAGUCCUACAAGAGAGUAUCUCCUCCACCGGAAGAUUGUACAUGCGAUUGUUAUACAUCGAAGAGCUAUCGAGUUUAAUGAAUUUUUAACAUCCAUUUGUCUGCUACCAUUUGCUACUUUGAUUGUAGUUGGUGUUAGUUCUUUAACUUUCAAUUUAUUUCUAUUUAUUCAUCUAAUAACAGCAAAUAAAAACAUUAUGGCAUGUGUGACCGCUACAUCAAUAAUUUUUCAUUUAAUUUAUUUAUUUGUCGCUAAUUACUGCGGACAAGCAGUAAUCAAUCAUGCAAUAAAUUGGUUCGAAGCCAUUUAUAAUGGGUUAUGGUAUGCAGCCCCAUCUUCUACGCAGAAACUAAUAUUAUUUAUAAUGCAAAGAGGAAGAAUAUACCUAACUAUAUCGUGUUACAGCGUAUUCGUUGCAUCCUUAGAAGGUUUCGCUACGCUCACGAGUACGGCAGUAUCCUACUUCACAGUGAUUUAUUCCACGCAAAAAUAAUGAGCCAACAAGAAAAUUUAAUUUCCAAUUGGUUAGAUUUUUUUAUCAAAUUAAUAUAAUUGUGUAAGGCACAUAUAGAUAGAAAAUAUACGUUGAAUACAUAAUACUUACAAUAAGUAAAUGUAUUCUCUUUUAUCCUUAACAUUUUAAACUCAACAUUAAAAUAUAACAACAUUAAAAUAUAAAUCAAUAAAAAAAAUUUAAAUAUGAUUUAGUACAGCAAGUGAAAUGAUGGUAAAUGAAAAAAAAUUUAAAUUGCUUGUUGUCAAUAUCAGUGCUAUUUAUUUUAAUCAUGAAAGUAAAUUAUUAUAAUUUUUAUUUAAUAUAGACUACAGUAACUGUUACAAUUUCUGAUCAGUAACUAUUGUUUAUAAUAUUUUUAAAUGAUAUUUUUAGAAAAUAUAUGGUAUAAUGUGUUUAUAUAUAACAUAUUUGAUAUAACACAUUUAAUAAAUAGAAAUAUAAUUCAA